AAGCAUACCCCCGACUUUUUGAUUUCCAUACUCGCCGUCUCGACUUCCUUAAACAGCACUUUCAAUUUAUACGAGCCAAAUCGGGAAGUGAUACAUACUUCCAGUUUAGGCAGUCGAUUUUUUCACGCUCUUCGCAGCGUCAAUAUCAAAACUCGUCGUUUUGCUCACCCUCUACCUAUUCCCACCACCAAGCAACGGCGACGAUACAAUUACCGAUAAAAUGUCUGCCGCCCCUAGUGACGAAGAGCGGGAGAUCCAGGACAAUUUCUCUGACGAGGAGAUCCGGGAAGAAGAAAACAUGGUGGAUUCGUCUGAGGAGGAGGACGACGACGAGGAUGAGGACGCCAUCAACGAGGUCCGCGACGGGUUCAUCGUGGAUGACGAAGAGGAAGAUGAAGGCGCGAAGCGUAAGAAGAAGAAGAAGCGGCGCCACCGCGAGAAAGAGCCGGAGGUUGAAGCGCUUGACGACGACGAUCUUGAGUUGCUCAUGGAAAACAACGGCGUCAGCGUGCCCGCAGCGAAGCCAAAGUUUAAGCGACUCAAGCGUGCGCAGACGGACGAGCCCGACCGGUUGACACAAAUGUUCUCUGAGGAAGAGGAGGAAGAGGAGAAGCCGCGCAACGUGUUGGAUGAGUUUGACGAUUUUAUCGAGGAUGACGAGUUUUCCGAUGAGGAUGAGGGUACGCGCGCGAAGCGCGAACAGAAGAAGGCCUCGCGCAGCCGUGCGCCCGCACAAAUGUCCAACAUUGACAACGAAAAGCUCAGCGAGUUGUUUGAGAUCUUUGGCAACGGAGAGGACUACGCGUGGGCGUUGGAGGGCGAGGACGAGGGCGAGUACGAAGAUGACACUAAUCCAACGGCAUUGACGGAUGUGUUCGAGCCGGCGGAGUUGAAGGAGCGCAUGUUAACAGAGGCAGAUAACCAGAUCCGCAUGGCGGACGUGCCAGAGCGCUUCCAGACGCUCCGUGCGCACGUACGUGCAUACGACUUGCCCGACGCAGCGUUCAAGGCCGAGCAGGAGUGGGUUGCAAACAAGUUGGCGGCAGAGAAGGGUGACGCUGCAGGCGAGCCGUUCGAGCACGCGGUGCACAAAGUAGUGGAGUUUGUCGCGCGCGACAAUCUCGAGGUGCCAUUCAUCUGGAACCACCGCCGCGACUAUUUCCUCCAUCCAGUGAAAAACACCGAGGGUGAGGUGGUUCGCGUUGACCGCUUGUUGGUCGAAGAUGACUUGUGGAGGAUUGUUCAAUUAGACAUUGACUACCACGGGAUUUAUGAUAAGCGUGGUGCGGUACUGGUGAUGUACGAGGCGUUGGGUUUGGACGAUGACGUGCGUGAUUCAAUUGCGCGUGCGCAGACAAUGGUGGAGUUGCAGGACUUGCACGAUUACCUUUCGUUCAAGUAUUCGAAGGAGUUACGCGCUACGCGCGGCGACACGCGUGACGCCGCGACCAAGCGCCACUCGAAGUUUUCCUUCUAUGAACGCUUUCUCGCGCACGAUCUCCGCGCAAUCCUUGCGGCGAUCGGCAUCUCCGCGGACCAUUUCGGGGUCAACGUGGUUAACCAGACACGCAUCCACACGACCGUCGAUGCGGAGUACGAAUCGCCUGAGGACAUGGCCAAGGAUAUCAUCGCGGAUGCAGCCGAUCCGUGGUUUGUGGACUACCGCGCGGCACUCGAUGCGGUCGAGCAGACGUACGCGGAGCAGCUCUUCAAUGACCCCAACAUUCGCAAGUUCUUCCGCAGCACGUUCCAGCAAUACUCCACGGUGGAUGUCGUGUUGACAGAAAAGGGCAAGGUUACCAUUGCGGAGGACGGUCCGUAUGCGGACUUCAAGUACCUCAUCAAUCGCACGGCCGCGUCGCUCGUGGGUGCGCCUGAUAUGUUUCUCCGUAUGUUGCGCGCGGAGGCGGAGGGCUUGAUCGUGAUCAAGGUGCGCUUCCAGCAUCUCCAGCAGAUGCUCGACCACAUGUUUGUGUCGUUCCUCGCAUCUGACGGGGUGUCGGAGUUGGCGGAACAGUGGAAUGCGUUGCGGCGCGCGGCGUUCGCGCGUGGUAUGGCUAAAUUGGUGCCGCUUGUGUGUAUGAACUACAAAGAGGAUCUUCUCCGUGAAUGCGAGCGCAUUCUUUUCUUUCAGGUACGGCGCACGUUUGCGGCGCGCUUGGACCAAGCACCGUACACGCCGGCAGGCUUCGACAAGGGCACGGUGCCAACGGUGUUGGCGAUGUCGUGCGGACGCGGGAACUUCGGGAUCGACUCGGUGGUGGCGAUUAUGAUGCAGGACAACGGCAAGAUAAUCGACGAGAUCAAGUUCGAUGCGAAUCCGGUCCGCGACAACGAGAGCCUCUUCGAGGAUCAGUUGAUCCAGACGGUCAAGAAGCACCGCCCUGAUGUGAUCGGUCUUGCGGGCUACAACGUGAAAUCAAAGAAGUUAUACGAUGUGUUGAAGCAGCUCAUUGAGAAGAAUCAGCUCACGGUGGCUGAAGAUACCGAUGCGCAGUUUGAGGGUGGCGAGCCGCCGUUGGUGGAGGUGCUCUGGGUGAAUGACGAGACGGCAAAGCUCUACGAAGCAUCCGCACGUGCGCGUGCGGCCUUCCCCGAGAAGAGUACGCUCGCAAAGUACUGCAUCGCGCUCGCGCGCUACGUACAGUCUCCACUCACGGAGUACAUUGCGCUUGAAAAGGAUCUCCCCGCGCUCGCGAUCCACCCGCACCAGGGCCUCCUCGCGGAAGCGAAGGUGACGCUCGCGAUUGAGUCAGCGUUGGUCGACAUCGUGAACAUGACGGGAGUCGAGUUGGGCGAGGCGCUCCGUGACGAGGCCGUCGCGCGCUACCUCCCGUACGUUGCGGGUCUCGGCGCGCGCAAGGCGUCAGGUCUCAUUGCGGGUCUCCAGGCGAACGACGACGAGUUCACCAAUCGCGGGCACCUCGUGACGUUGCAGCUCACCGGUGCAGUCAUCUACAUGAACUGUGCGUCGUUCAUCCGCAUUCCUUACGACGAGCGCCGUCUCGAUCGCGACAAGAGUAACAGAAUUGAAGUUCUCGACGCGACACGUAUCCACCCCGAAGACUACGACCUCGCACGCAAGAUGGCUGCGGACGCGCUCGAAUUCGAUGAAGAAGAGGUCAAGCACUACGAGUUGAAGGGCGGUGGGGUCAUCUACCAGUUGAUUAAGGACGGCCCGGAGAAGCUCGACGAGUUGUAUCUCGAGGGCUACGCGGAGGAGUUGGAGACCAAGUAUAAGCAGAAGAAGCGCGCAACGCUCCACAUGAUCAAGGAUGAGCUCCAGCGCCACUACGAGGAGCUCCGCCGCUCGUUCCAGCGCCUCGACGCGGGCGCUGUGUUCCGUAUGCUUACGGGCGAGACCGAAGCGACGGUACGUGCGGGCGCGGUGCUCCCCGUGAACAUCCGCAAGAUCUCGCAGUACCUGAUCUUUGCGACAACGUCAUCCAUGAUCGACACUAAUAUUCGCCAGGAUUACACGAAGGAAAGGGACGACAACCGCAGCUUGUUUGAGAUCUACCACAUGGGCCAGACGGUUGCCGCGACAGUGCGCGAGGUGGACUACGAGAGCUUCCACAUCGAGGCGAGCUUGUUGCGCGAGGACCAGCACGCAGUGCAAGCUGCGCGCGACUCGGAGACCUGGAACGUCGCGGCGGAGCUCGCGGACAAGACAGUUGAAGACACACGCACCAAGCUCGAGAACCGCUCGGGUCGCGUCAUCAAGCACACGUUGUUCCGCAACUUUACGUCACGCCAGGCAGAGGAGUUCCUCGCGCCCAAGUCGCGCGGUGACCUCGUCAUUCGCCCUUCGUCUAAGGGUGAUGACCAUGUAGUCAUUACUUGGAAGGUGUCCAACAACCUCUUUCAGCAUGUGGAUAUCCUCGAGAUCCAAAAAGCUGGGGAUAAGGUGUUCCGCGUUGACGGCCAUGACUACAGUGACCUCGACGAGUUGAUCUACAACUACGUGCAUGCGAUUGCCAGGAAGGUGGACGACAUGUGUUACAACGAGUUCUUUUCUGAUGACACGCGCGAGAACACGCAGAAGGCAUUGGAGGAGCGGUCAAAAAACAGUCCGAAGCGUGUUUGUUACAGUUUCUGCUUUGACCACAAGGCGCCGGGGUGGUUCUUGUUGAGCUUCAAGGUAAAUGCUGCUGCGAAGAUCGCGACGUGGCAUGUGCGCGCUACGCCGGAUGGGUAUAGAUUGAAGAGCUAUGACUACCCGGAUCUUAAUCGUUUGAGAAAUGGGUUCAAGUCUUUGUUGAAGACCGAGAUGCAGAAACAGAGUGUGAGUGGAUGGUAAGCCUUGGAGAACGGUCUGGGU